AUGUUGAGCAGCACCUCGGCAGCCCUCGUCCGUCGCCUAAGAAGAUCGCCGUUUGCUCAGGAGUUUUCCUCGAGGACGUUCGCGACGAUCAGCCUUGGUCCUGGUAUCACGAAGCAUGUACCCAAUAGGGAGCCCUAUAGAGGACCUCUGAAGGCGUGUAUACUGGACUGGUCUGGCACGACUGCUGAUGCUCACGUGUUGGCCCCUGCUGUUGUUUUCGUCGAGGUUUUCCGCAAAUUUGGCGUCGACAUCACCAUGAAGGAAUCCAGGUUGCCCAUGGGUCUCCGCAAGGAUCUUCAUAUCGCGAAAAUCCUGGAAAUCCCCUCAGUCCAGGAACGCUGGCAGAAGGUCAAAGGGCGACCAUCGACUGCCGCUGACGUUGAAGCUAUGUUCAAGGAAUUCGUCCCUUUGCAAUGCGAGGUUCUUCCAAAGUAUACUACCCUUAUUGACGGCGCUGCUGAUACGGUGAACCUAUUGAAAUCUAAAUAUAAUCUGAAGAUAGGCUCUACCACGGGUUUCACUAAAGUUAUGGUUGAUAUCCUUCUUGAGAAGGCUAAGGAGCAGGGGUAUGCUCCCGACUCUAGUGUGGCUGGAGACGAAGUACCUAACAACAUGGGUUUCCGACCGGCGCCAUUCAUGCUUUACCAAAAUCUCUGCAAUUUAGGAGUCUUCCCAAUCGAAUCGGUGGUGAAAGUUGAUGACACCGUAAGCGGAGUGGGAGAAGGUCUGUCAGCAGGUUGUUGGAGCGUUGGUAUCGCUGGCCUCAGCAACUAUACAGAUAUUGACACGCUGGAGCAAUGGGAGGGUAUGUCCAAGGAAGAGAGAGAGGAACGUGUUCAGAUGUCUAGAGACAAGCUGAACACUUCAGGUGCGCAUUACGUCAUCGACAGUAUCAAGGAUCUACCAGUCGUUGUUGAGGACAUCAGUAAGCGCAUGAGAGAUGGAGAGAAGCCUUGAGGCCGAUCUUCCUCAUUUCUUGAGUUUUUUUAUAGACGAUACAUAGUCGUAGCUGUUUUUGAUCAAGCCGUCAUAUUAUCGAUAGCUCUAUGAGGAUGAGUAUCGUCUCGGUCGAUUUUCCCAAUAGCCCACGAGGU